AUGAAGCCGUCACGGAGAAUGAUUACGCAAUUGUUGGUAUUGUUCCUCCUGAGCACAAAGCUAACAUUCGUAUCAAGCGAGGGUGGCUUCAACAGUCAUGUAUAUAACUUAGACCUAUCCCCGUUGGACAAGAACAUCGCGGCGAUCUUCAACAAAGGUACAAAUAACUUGAUAACAACAAAACGAAGCUUACCAGCAUAUGACGGGCAAGUAUCCGACAGCUCCCGAUUAUCAACAGCCCCAUCUCCACUGACGACCACAGGGAAUCCUUUAUUAUCGUCAUUUAGAUACCCAGUGCCCCGAGUAACCAUCGCUCCAGCUUUCCGCGAAUUACCAUCUUACGCGCCGCCCUCUCGAGCGCCUUUCACCCCACCUUUACCCCCAGAGUACCUAAACCCGUUCGCAGAUAAACCAACUCUUCGGGGAACAAACUCGGAGUCUCACUCAGGCGUAAGAAGGCCAAUUCCUCCCCCGAGUUUGACUCCAGCGCACGAGCGAAUCCCCAUAAGGCCGCCCGACUUGGUCCAAAGUUCCGUCCAGCCCGAGAAGCUACCCUCCAGAAACAAAGCCUUAAACACCCCAAGCAAGGAGCAGAAAAUUCAUGACCCUCCUCACGAAGUCGACCGUAAAAACACCAGCAAUGAUUACCUCCCAGUUCUCCACACCUCGAGCAUCUCCCGAAUUCUCUCCGGAAGCAACGGAAGAAAGCAGGAGAACAUCCCGGACAUUUUGCUCCGUUCAAUGUCGACCAAAUCCCCGGAAAUAAACCUCCCCGCCGCGCCAACGACUCAAAGGUCCACAACCUCAUCAACGACUGUAAAGACCACCACCGGAUCAAUUAGAGCCGUAAGUUACCCGACAAUCUUCAACCUACCCAACACCCGCCAGCAGGAAGACAAAACCACUGACCAGGAUUCAAAACCAGAUCAAAUAGAGAUCUCAGGCGUCGAAAGACUUCCGUUCCCUCAACCACAGCCUCCAGCUCCUUCAAAAGUCCCCAUAGAAGACCGCAAUGUCCCACAAGUGGACACACAUCCCCUAGAAUCAACCUGGAAGAUAGUCUGGUCGCUCCACGUCUACGUAGCGGCCAUAAUGUUCACCCUAAUGGCUCUGUACUCAAUCUACAAGAUCUUCCGCUUCAACGAAGCUACAAAUCUACUCACUCAAUCCUAUUUCUUGACUGUUCACUUACUUCUAACAACAGUCUGCACCUUAAGGUGCUUCCACCUGUUCUACGAUGCUUAUAACCUGGACAGAUCCUUUUCAGAGCCGCUGUCGCAAGUUCUGAUGUAUCUUCCAGCUCCGCUUCUAUCAACAGGAUUUGGAACAUUAGUAGUUUAUCUAGCUAAAUGUUCAGAAGCGCCGUCGCUGAACAACAAAUUCUUAUCACCAAUGGCUCUAGCUUUGUUUUCAACAGUCCACAUUGUGCUGUGCAUCUCUCUUCAAGUUUCUUCACACGUGGUGGGAUAUGAAGGCGGGAUGAAGAUUUUCCCGCUGAUUUGUCAGUGUAUUUACAUUGUAGUCUGCGUAACUUUGGGAUUGUGCUACAUGUAUGUUUACCGGGUGGUUAAAUCGCAGAUUAAUUUGACGAAUAACAAAUCAGUUGGACCACAUGUUUCUGGAGAUCCAGCAAUUGUAGUACUGGGUACUGCGAUAACAACGACAAUUGCAACUGGGUUGUUGUUUAUUUUGAUGGGAUUCGUCCAACUUUAUGGAAUUUUUGGCGUAAGAGAACGCGAGCCGCCUUUUCCGUGGCUAUGGUGGGGUUGGGAGUUCUCAGUGCGGCUUCUUGAAUUAUCUAUUUGCGGAUUGCUCGCCUGGGUUGCGAGUUUAUCGCAGUAUCCAUUGAGAGAAAAGCAAUUGCAGCAGCACUCUGCGCAUUCUGGAUUUGCGCUCUUUCCUUGCGGAAGUUCGACUUCUACGGAGAACAUGGACGACGCGCUUUAUCCAGCAAUCUGCAGCACCAACCAAGCGAUCCAGAACUACACGAUGAGAACUGGAAAACAGGUAUACGAUGAUAGUUUCCCUCUGAAUACUCUCCCUGAGCACUUGAAUAUUUCCGGCACAUUUGAGAGACAUUCAAUUAGGAAGUCGGGCACUAUGGGCCACUUUCCGCACGAGAGAAGCUCUCUAAACCGGCAUGGAAAUGGAACUCAGACUUUGAGGAGUUCUGAGACUAGGAGACAACACACUCCUGUUCAGGGACCUGUUCAGGGAUCCUUGGCUGAUCAGCCGCCCGCUUCGGGGUCCACUAUGCUCGUCGCGGAAGACGGGUUUGUUAGGUUUCGCAGUCUCGGGGCGGAGGAAGAGGACCUCUCGGACUCCCAGAGUAUUGUUGGGACUCAUGGACGAGGCGGCAGCUCUCUUGCUGGAAGUGUCAGGUAUAGUGCCAGGCAUACUCCAGCGCACCAGCAUUCACAUCAGCACCCGCACCAAUAUCCUCACCAACACUCGUUACAGCACACGCAUUCCAAUCAAGCCCAUCACCCGGUACACCACCAGAGCCAUCAUCAACUCUACAAUAAUACGUAG